UGAGGUGCGGUGCUGGCUCUCCGGCCAUGCCUAGCGGGGUCCACGCGGCUGUCCCGCGCCCGGCGCGAGGCUGGUAGGAGGUACCCGGGGCCCAGCUGGCCCGGCCAUGCCGCUAGAGACUGAGGACGCGCUCUACGUGGCGCUGGAGUUGGCCAUCGCCGUGCUGUCGGUGACCGGUAACGUGCUGGUGUGCGCGGCGGUGGGCUCGUCGAGCGCGCUGCAGACGCCCACCAACUACUUCCUGGUGUCCCUGGCUGCGGCCGACGUGGCCGUGGGGCUGUUCGCCAUCCCCUUUGCCAUCACCAUCAGCCUGGGCUUCUGCACGGACUUCCACAGCUGCCUCUUCCUCGCCUGCUUCGUGCUCGUGCUCACACAGAGCUCCAUCUUCAGCCUCCUGGCAGUGGCGGUCGACAGGUACUUGGCUAUCCGUGUCCCGCUCAGGUAUAAAAGUUUGGUCACUGGGAGCCGAGCACGAGGGGUCAUUGCUGUCCUGUGGGUCCUUUCCUUUGGCAUUGGAUUGACCCCAUUCCUGGGGUGGAACAGUAAAGGCAGUGCCACCAACAACUGCACAGAGCUUCGGGAUGGAGUCACAAAUGAAAGCUGCUGCCUUGUGAAAUGUCUAUUUGAGAAUGUGGUCCCUAUGAGCUACAUGGUAUAUUUCAAUUUCUUUGGGUGUGUGCUGCCCCCACUCAUCAUAAUGCUGGUGAUCUAUAUCAAGAUCUUCAUGGUAGCCUGCAAGCAGCUUCAGCGCACUGAGCUGAUGCACCACUCAAGGACCACCCUCCAGCGGGAGAUCCACGCAGCCAAGUCACUGGCUAUGAUCAUGGGGAUUUUUGCUCUAUGCUGGCUACCAGUACAUGCUAUCAACUGUGUCACUCUUUUUCAGCCAGCUCUAGCUAAGGACAAGCCCAAGUGGGCAAUGAACACAGCCAUUCUCUUGUCACAUGCCAAUUCAGUUGUCAACCCCAUUGUCUAUGCCUACCGGAACCGAGAUUUCCGCUAUACUUUUCACAAAAUCAUUUCCAGGUAUGUUCUCUGCCAGACAGAUAUGAAGAGUGGGAAUGGGCAGGCUGGAACACAGCCUGCGUUCAACGUGGGAUUAUGACCUAGGCUCUGGCCUCUGGGAGAGAAGGCAUAGACCCAAAAUAAACAAUGGGACAGGAUACGACUGGCUGAUUCUCACUGUGAAAAAUAGCCACAGCCCAAGCAUAUGGCUGCCUCUUUUGAGUACUUGCCUGAAGUUACCAUGUGUCUAGCUGAUAUGUGCGUGCUAUUAGUAGGCUCCAAGGAUUGAUAAAUGUAUUUAUGGUCCGAUUUGCCUGCUUUUAGUAUAUGGAUGAUGCUGACAGCUUGAAUGGAAGAGUCUGCCUCAUGCAUGGUCGAAAAUGACUCAAACUAUUUACUGUGAAAUACUGUGAACUAUUGCUAAUAUUUUUUAACAUAGAGGCAGAGGAAAAAUAAAAAUUGGCUGCUCUAAUCUGUAUUUGUUUUCAGGAGGGUAAU